AUGCACGAGAAACAACAUGCCCAAUUUUCCUGUCCUGUGGGUUCUUCAGAUCCAAAUGCAAUCAAGAAAAUGCUUUGGGAGGACUUGAUUGUCUCAGUGUUAUUCCUGACUCAGACCGGGAUUGGGAUCCUGGGAAACUCAGCACUGAUGCUGCUUUAUGUCCGUGUCUUCACUGCCCAGCCCCGCCGGAUAAAGCCCACCGACCUGAUCAUCACCCACCUGACCGUGGCCAACACAGUGACACUUCUCACCCAGGUAGCCCCAGGGAUGGUGCUGGCCUUCAGGUGGGAGGAUAUUAUGGAUGUCAUAUGGUGCCAGAUCUUCCUGUACACGAGGAGAGUGGCCCGGGGCCUUUCCAUCUGCACCACGUGUCUCCUGAGCACAUUCCAGGCUGUCACUAUCAGUCCCAGCAUCUCUUGCUGGGCCCGGCUCAAACCUAGGACUCCCAGGUUUAUCUUCCCUGCCUUAAUUUUCUCUUGGAUCCUCUGCUUGUUGUUGGACAUAAAUAUUCUGAGAAUGACUAAAGCGACCAAGAAUGCUAUGGCCACAGUUCAUAAUGUCACUAGGAAAUUUUGUGCACGGUCACUCCAGGCAGUAGAUUUAAAAGAUAUUGGAUUUGUAAGCGCCUUGACUCUCCGAGAUGCCAUCUUGAUGUGUCUCAUGGGCUGGUCCAGUGGCUACAUGGUGAUGGUUCUACACCAACACCGCAAGCAGGUCCAGCAUAUCCACAGCACCGGACUCUCCCCCAAGUCCUCCCCCAAAUCCAGAGCCACCCAGACCAUCCUAGUCAUCGUCAGCUGCUUUGUAUCCUUUUAUUGCAUCAACAGUGGUACUGUGCUUAUGACUUAUGUGGUGAAGGAUGCUCUGAAACUCUACGAUCCUGCCACCUUUCUGGGCUCGUGUUUUGCAUCCAUCUGCCCCCUGGUUCUCAUCAGCAAUGAUCCCCGGCUCUGCAGACUCCUGUGUGUUCUCAAAAAGCCAGCAGUAAGGUAUCUCUCCCAAAGGCUCAUCAACCGUAUUCACUGCAAUGCUGAGAUUAAAAGCACACUGAGCAUCAACCAUAGUCCAUCUCUUUGUCCAUCCAGUCAUCUACAGCAACAUGGGCCGUGCCCUGACCUAGAAAAUGUGAUGAAAGUGUGA